AUUCAACAUCUGAAGGAGAAGGUGGACGCAGGCGCAGAUUUCAUCAUCACGCAGCUGUUCUUCGAGGCCUCAACUUUCAUCAAGUUCUACCAUGACUGCAGGAGGAUUGGGAUUACUGUUCCCAUCAUGCCAGGAGAUACUGCCCAUUCAGGGCUACAGGAGUCUGCACAAUCUGACAAAGCUAUCGAAACUGGAGGUUCCUCGAAACAUCAUGGACGCCAUCUUACCCAUCAAAGACGACGACGCCGCGAUCCAAAAGUUUGGCAUCAGUUUUGCCGUCAACAUGUGCAAAGAGCUACUCAACUCUGGACUGGUGAAUGGUCUACAUUUCUAUACUCUGAAUCGAGAGGUCGCCACUAUUUCAAUCCUUACUGAACUAGGUAUGUGGUGUGAUGACCCGCUGUCACUGAAGACGUUGCCAUGGAAAGCUCCAGCCAGUCACAAGAGGUGUGCCGAAGACGUCAGACCAAUCUUCUGGGCCCAGAGACCCAAGAGCUACAUACACAGGUAUUGAUAUAAUAUAUAGACUAUAGCUGGAGAGUGCAGUGAAAUAUAGGGUGGCCUA